AUAAACAAACUGGCUGCAUGGCUUCAGGGACUUUUAACCACACGCCCCCGCUGUCUCCGUGUCACCACAUGGACACUGUUAAUGGAGACACAAGAAACCUGGGCUCAAAGUGAAGGACUCCAUUGAUAAGAAGUGCCACAUAAGAGUGGAGUCCUGCUGAGAGUGUGGCCUGUGACCUGGUGUGAUAACUGCAUGCUGCAUGGCUGUGAUAACCAUGCAUCCAUCACCCACCUGCACUCCCUCUCAGGUCUGAUGCACAGGCCCUUCUUUAGAAACCAAUGUGUCCUGCCUCUCCUUGCAUGUUGUGCUGUGAAUGAGGCAUCAUGAGGAAAGACAGGGAUAACCCUUUGGCACUCUCAUCCAAGAAAUACUGCCAGAGUCAGGCAGACUAUGGGCGAGAGCUGGAGAGGCUCCGUGCUGAAUUGGAGACGGAGAAGAGCCAGACGCAGCGGGUCCGCGGGCACCUCAGUGUGGAGCUAAGGCGCCUGCGAGAAGAAGCAGAGAGGGAACAGAAGAGGGCCGUGAGGGAGCUGACAGCAAAGCGUGGGACCCAAAAGGACUUGCAUUCUGACAGACGCAGGGGUUUGGUGGCUAUAGAGGUGAACAAUAAACCUACUGAACGAUGCAGUAAGGAUGAGCCGUCAGGGAAAGACGCUUUUCGUUUAAGCAAAGGAGAAACCUAUAGAAAGCUGGAGCUGUUGCUGCUGACACUGUAUGAGGAGAUAAAUGGUGAGCAGGCAGUCUGUAAAUGGCAUCAGCGGCAGGACAUUGAGCUAGAAAAAGCCAUCUUCCUCUGCCACCUGCUAGAGACCCACGGACGACCGUUGCAGGGGAGACAGAGAGAAGGACACCCCAGUGACAUUUUUGACAGUCUCUCAAGAAAGCCUACUCAGGAAGACGGCGAUAAAUCCUGUCAGAGACUACAGGGAUCUCAGAGUGCAUAUCACUCAUCGAAGAAGAGCAUCAAAGAAGGCAGAGACUUGUGUGAAUCUGACCCCAGCACCGCUGCUACAGUCGUGGACACCUGUCGGAGCGCCUCUCUGAAAAUUACUCACCCUCACAACACUCCCCAUGCCGGAUGGGACGACCAGCCCCCCUCCUGCACUGAGUCCUGGCCCUCCAAAUGCAUGGAGAGAAACAUGGAGAAUGGCACAGACUACGGGUUCCUGGUUCGUCAGAACUCCGAACUCCUGCGAGCCCUUGAUGAGCUGGAAAAGACUUGCUCCACGCUGAGGGAGGAAAAUUGCCUGCUGCGAAAGAGCAGCGCCCCAGAGACCCAGGAGAAGGUCAGGCGGCUGAGGAGAAAGAACACAGAGCUCGCUGUUCUCGCUAAGAGGCUGGAAGAAAGAGCUCGGAAACUGCAGGAGGCAAACCUCAAAGUGGUGAACUCCCCGUCACUGAUGAGACCCGGGUCAGUGGAGCAGUACAAGAGGGCGUUUGCCCGUCAGCGAGCUCGUGACCUCGCCCAGCACGCUGAUGCACUACUGUCGAAGGACAAAGAGAUUGCUGCCCUGCAGCAGGAGUGCAGAGAGCUGGAGGCACGACUGGGCAACACCAAGGACUCCCCUGUUCCAUCUGGCAGAGUGGAAUUUGAGAGGCUUCUUAGAGAGUCUCAGAGGGAGGUGCUGCGGCUCCAGAGGCAAUUGUCCGUCACAUCGUCCACACAGCAACACAACCACAGUCCCGACCCCAGCGGUCUGGAGAAGUGUGAAGAAACAGAGGAGGAGGAGGAAGUGGAGGAGAAGGUUGGAGGAGAGACCCCGUGUGUGGCAUUAGAUGAAGCUCCAUCCAGGUGUGAGAAGACUCCCGGAGAGGAGGAGGAGUUGGGGCUGCGAGUGACGCCCACACCGGGCCUCUGCCCGAACCCCUCUGGUCAGGAGGAUCCCACAGAGGAGCAGCGCCUACAGUUUCUGGAAAGUGAGCUGAGCAAGAAGAGAAAAGAAUGUGAAAACCUCGAGCAUGAAGUAAAGAAGCGACAGAAGAGAUGUCUGGAUUUGGAGAGCCAGCUUGAGGAUGAGCGAGGUGAAAAUGAGCAGCUAAAGGAGGAGUCAGAUCUCCUCAGGAGGAAGGCACAGCUGCUCGACCAGACUCGGGCUGAGAAUGAGGAGCUGAGGGAAGAUCUCUCUGAAGUGACUGCUCAACACAAUUCAGUUCUCGAGGAGAACCAGAAACUCCGUGCCAAACUGGAGAACCUAGAGCAGGUCCUUCAGCAUAUGCGAGAGGUCGCCGAGCGAAGGCAGCAGCUGGAAUUGGAACAUGAGCAGGCACUCGCUAUCCUUAAGUUCAAACAGGAUGAAAUCAAACGGUUACAGCGGGCUCAGUUAUUUGCCAAGAGGGAGCAUGAGGGAGUGGUUCAGAUGCUGGAGGAUUUGACUCAGCUUGUGUUGCGGAGGGAGCUGUCAAAGGUACGAGACCUGGAGGAUAAAUGUCGCAGCCAGAGCGAACAGUUCGGCCUGCUGUCCCAGGAGCUGGAGAAGUUUCGACUGCAGGCGUCGAAGGUGGAUCUGGCCGGCUCUCCCCUCCUCCACAACCCAGCAAACCUCUCUCUUCUGACCAACGGGCUGGGCCUGACGACUGAGCGAGAUGUGGCGGCUGCACUGCGGAUGGGGGCCACCCCUCACGCCGCAGGGCUGUCCAGGGUGGAGCGCUCGCCCGUCACCAAGCAUCGAGAGCUGCCCACCAUCAGUGUCAGCAAGUCAGGCUCUUCCCACAGCAAGUCAGAGACCACACACCUCUCCCCCAAGUCUGAUUCCCACCUCAGUCCGCACAAAUCAAGCCCAACACAUGAGGUGGACACAGCCAGUGAAGUAGAGGAGUUAGACAUUGACGUGGCCCCAGCACCUUACACAGCCAGCAGAGGAGCAGCAAAACUUCAGGUUUUCAUUGGAAGAUAUAGUUAUAAUCCUUAUGAUGGCCCCAACGACAACCCUGAAGUGGAGCUACCACUUACUGCUGGAGAGUACAUCUAUGUGUAUGGAGACAUGGAUGACGAUGGCUUCUAUGAAGGCGAGCUGAUGGAUGGACGGAGAGGGCUGGUCCCCUCUAACUUUGUGGAGCGUGUAUCGGACGACGACGUCAUGAGCAGUCACCAUCAAGAGACAGGGGAGGUGACCCAUAACUCCCUGUUAGACAACAGCCUGCACAGUGCCAGCCACCAGCAUCACCUCCACCUCGGCGCCAGCACCUCAGAAAGGACAGAGGUACCUGCUCCCUCUGGCCCUGCCUCAGCCCCCACAGACUCAGCAUCAGCCUUGGCUGUCCCAGCCCCCCUCACCAACGGCCUGGACUUGGAUUUGGAGGAGGUGGGAGUGGACAUUGUGCCUUACCCACGUAAGCUUACCCUCAUCAAGCAGCUCGCCAAGAGCAUCAUCAUUGGCUGGGACCCCCCGCUGGUGCCGGCUGGGUGGGGCAAUGUGUGGAGCUAUAACGUGUAUGUGGACCAGGAGCUGCGGAUCAAUGUGCCCUUCGGUUCCCAGACCAAAGCAGUGCUGGAGCGGCUGGACAUAAACCUCAAGGCCUACCGUGUGUCAGUGCAGAGCCUGACAGAGAAGGGGCCGUCAGACCAGCUGCGCUGCAGCUUGCUGGUCGGUCGGGACGUUUGUGUGGCGCCCACACAGCUGCGUAUGGAGAGGAUCACUGCCACCUCUGCCAACCUGACCUGGCUGCCCAGCAACAGUAACUAUGUGCACAUUGUGUCCUUGAAUGAGGAGGAGUGUGAGCUGGUGAAGGCUGGCUGCCACUCACUGUGCCUCAAUAAUCUCUUGCCCAGCCUGCAGUACUACGUCAAAGUGGAGGCGCGGCCGCACCGCACACCUUGGGAGUUACCUGUGGAGCGACGUGAACACAAAAGCACUACAAUCACCUUCAGCACACUGAUGGCAGGUCCACCUGAUGCUCCUCUGGACGUCCAGCUGGAGCACGGCCCCUCUCCUGGGAUCGCCCUCAUCAACUGGCUGCCAGUCACUAUAGAUGCUACCGGGACCUCCAACGGAGUCCGUGUCACUGGAUACACCAUAUAUGCUGAUAAGAAAAAGGUGCUGGAGGUGUCUUCCCCAACAGCAGGCAGUGCCCUGCUGGGGCCCUCUCAGAUCCAGUCCCUGCAGGCAGCACAGGAGCUCACUGUCCGCACAAUGUCUGCCCAUGGCGAGUCCUGUGACUCUUUGCCAGUCAAUGUGCCCUCCAAGCUGGUUGCCAUCAUGGCGGGCCCAGCUAUCACCGCCCGAGCUGUGCCACCCCAUCUGCCCUGUGCCCCUGUAGGUCCCAGUAACCUGCCCUCACCGCAGUCCUACAUGAACUCUGCUGCCAAAGUCUCAGUGCUGCCCAGCACCUUGCCAUCAGACACACACUUCACUGGCCUCACAAUGGAGGCUGCUGCCAACUUUCCUACUGCCCUCCACUCAGAAGACCUUCUCUUAUCUGCCUCAUAUGUGAAGGCCUGGGCCAACCCCUCAUCUGCUGCUGCCUUAGCCGUGUCUGAGACCACAUCACCAGUCGUCCCCUCCAUCACUCCAGUGGUUAAUGUGACCUCCCCCACAACCUCAGCACCUCAACUUUCUCCAGUAGCAGUACCAGCACUUGCAGAAGCACCAAUGGCAGCAGCAGCAGCAAUGUUGGAGCAGCGCAGAGACACUAACAGCCCUGGAACGAUACGUCCUUUCCCAUCCAUCACAGACUUCAUCGAGGACCCCAGUGCCAAGCUCGGCAUCCCUGAGCGCACCCCUACCCCACCCAAAGCCCCGAUCACAGACCUCCUUAACCCUCAGGACACAAACGUCCUCCGGCCGCUCAGCACUUCCCCACUGGAGUCAGAGGUAGAGUGGGAGCCGGAGAAUACCCGCCUGGUGUCUAUCGAAGAGUUCCUGAGACAGGACCAGGAGCCGAUGUACAGCGGGAGGCAGCAGAGUUAUGGCAGAGGGCUUGUGGAACCUCCCAGUGACUACAAUGCAGACAACAGCCGCUCAGACCUGUCCGACAUCCUGGAGGAGGAGGAGGAGGAUUUCUAUUCUGACCACCUUGGAGAAUCACAGGCACGGGGACAUACACUUCGCGCUAACAGGGAGCCCGGCCAAGUCCCUCCAGCUGUGGCAGGUCCAUCGUGGGGGGGCCAGGCUGAGCCCUCCUCUAAACCAGCAGGCUUGCAGGCCAAGCAACCGAAAGGUGGGGUCGAUUCAACAAAGGUCAAAGGAGACGGUGACAUACGCAUCUUUGUGGCCCUCUUCCCAUAUGAUCCCACCUCCAUGUCACCCAAUCCUGAUGCUGCGGAGGAGGAGCUGCCCUUCACUGAAGGACAGAUCAUCAAAGUUUACGGAGAUAAAGACGCAGACGGGUUCUACCAAGGGGAGUCCGCUGGUCGUCUGGGCUAUGUGCCGUGUAACAUGGUGUCUGAGAUCCAGGUGGAGGACGAGGAGACCCGGCAGCAGCUCCUGCAGCAGGGCUUCCUGUCUACAGCCGCCUCCAUGGAGAAGAUAGUGGAGUCUGCAGCACUCUGGGAGGAGAGCGUAGACUCCUCCAGCCAAGAUCCCAGCCAGUCUGCUGCUGCUACUGUUGCUGCAGCUGCAGGGAGCGCAGCCCCAGGAGCUCGCAGGAUGGUCGCCAUCUUUGAUUAUGACCCACGAGAGAGCUCCCCCAACACUGACAUAGAGGCUGAGCUGACCUUCAGUGCAGGAGACAUCAUACAUGUGUUUGGUGACAUGGAUGAAGAUGGCUUCUUCUACGGAGAUUUGAAUGGACACAGAGGCUUGGUCCCGUCCAACUUCCUGCAGGCUGUACCAGAAGACGCUCCAGCAGAACCACUCUCUGCUCAGCCUGCAACAGAACCCAAGAAAGAAUCACAGGUUACUGUGACGUCUUCUACAGAAACACAACAUCCUGGUUGCUCAACAGCAGAGGUAUCUUUGCACGCCCAAACAGGAGUUCCUCGCCCUGACCCAACGGAGCGCACGGACACACCAGCCAAACCAGCAGCCUCCGUAGACCUCCCGUCCGACCACAGCCCUGCUCCUGGUCCAGCUGUUACUCCAGCUGCAGUUGAGGUCCACUGCUCUCUUCCAGCCCCGGUUCCACCAGACAGCUCGACAAAGACAGACUGCUCUUCACAAGGCAAGAAGAAGAAAGGCUUUUUCUCCAAAGGCAGGAAGCUAUUCAAAAAGCUGGGAUCCAGCAAGAAAGAAUGAGAGUCGGGACCUCUGACUCCGGAUUUGCGUCGCAUCAAAUGCACUUUUUUACUGUCUUCUCUGUCAGUCUCAGUUGGUAGGCUGUGCGGUUAUUGGCUGUCAGUAUCAGGUCUAAUAACUGAUGCUUUAACCGCCGGUAACUGUACAUUUGCCUUUGAGCACUGCAAAACCAGCUGUUAGAUAUAGAGUACGUUCAAACAGCAACAUACAGCUUGCAGCAUCAGAGCAUGUAGAGGAGCAUGUUGAAGUGUCCAAAUAUACUCUCCAGAUACUUCCUAACUAUCUAAGCAUUGGCUUAACAGAGGCUUUAAAGGUUCUACGUGUAAAGGUCAGAAAACCCUUGGUAUUAAUGACACAGGUAGUGAACUGCAGUCCACAUCCUGUUGCUCAAGUGCAUGCUCACACUCCGUAGGUAGGCAUGAGACCGAACUUGGUUUACCAGCAUCAUGUUGACAGGAAGUUACUUUCCUUUGACAUGUUUACAAACAGCUUCAGAGGAUAACCCCUUUUUGUUGUGCUUACGUGGAGUUUGUGUUGGAGUUAUGCUGGGAGCUGCUUGAUUGUCGACAUUAGUGGACUUCAUUUCCCAGCUAACAUUAGCCAGCACUGUUGGUGCUGUAGGGGAACAGAACAGAGGCUUUGAGGCAACCACCCCUAAACGAGUGUUAGCGUCACAUUGCUUAGAGUUUCCCAGAAUAAAUGUGGCCCAAGUCGUUUAUUUAAAAAUCGGUGCACGAGCAACCGAGAAAGUCGUGGAAUAUCUUGUAUUUUAAGUUAAGGCAGUUUGCACAUUGGCAGUAAAGAAGCGAUUUAAUAUAUGUAAACUGCUUAACAUUCUUACAUUUAGUACCUUUGAUGCUUGAUAUAAAACAAUGGGUCAUAUCUAUUUAAACUAGUUGGUUAGAAAAUAUUGCUGAACAGCAGCUCCAGACACAGCUAUUUAUUUAACAUCAGCUUUAAUGCUCAUGUACUGGUGCCACUUUAUAUAUUUGAAGCAAACAAAUAGAAGCUGCAGUCUAUAUGUUCUGUGUGACUAUAAAUAUGAAAAUGCACUAUCCAUCCUUAAUGGAUGUAUUCUAAAUAUGUCUGCUAGUUCUUCGUGUGUUUCUCUUCUUUAGUAGUAUUUAUACUUUGUACAGAACAUGUUAUUUAUUUGUAGACUCUGGCCCUGGUCAUCACGAAGUUGCAUGAAGUGAUUGGAGCAGAAGGUUUAGUUCAUAGAAAGCUGUCAGAGACGGUGAUGUUCCACUUUCAUACUUUUGUAGUUUGGAUCUAAUUUAUUUUGGGUCAUGACUGUCAGAGUGGAAUGAGCUGUUAGAUGUAAAGAAUGUGGAGGAUUGCACUUCGUGUGUGUGAGAGUGUGAGAGUGUGAGGCUGCCCAGUCCACUCGUGAUGAGACUGAAAACACAUGCCUUUCUCAAAAAUGUAUAAAGGAAGUCUUGAUGUUUUUGACCACAGUCAUAAUUGGAUAAAUGUUGCAUAUCGCACAUAUGUGUAAUAUGUAACUUGUGUGUGAGAGAGAGACCUGCAGUGUUUGUACAAUUUUGUAGUAUCAGGUGAUGAGUAGCUUAAAGGCCACUAAUUAAUAUAAUAAAACUAUAGCCCCUUUUCUCUUAAUUAAUCACUUAAUUUAUUCAGUCUGUAAAACAUGCCCAUCCCGGUUUCCCCCUCGUGGUAUAAUUUUGUCUUCAAAACCCAAAGAUAUUCACUCUCAUUUCAUUUAAAUCAUAAAUUCUCAUAUUUGUGAACCAUAGAAUAUUUGACAUUUUCAUAUAGAAACAAUUGGCAGCAGCCUGAUGCUACAGUGAGCAGUUAACAGCCUGAUGCUGAGCAUACAGCCGGUCAGCCUUUGGGAUUCCCUGUGGUUUGAAUGCAGUAACUGAUCUCUGCAUGUAAAACCAGCUAACAUUAACAACACUGUAUUUUGUGUACAUGUCUCACACACGUGAAUGCAAAGUGAUUAUCGUGGGUCAAACUUCACCAAAGUAAAACUCCAUGUGAAGCCACGCUGCGAUCCGCUGUACAGCUGGAAGCAAAUGAUUUAUUCACUCCCUCGCUUGCGCAGACAGGAAGUGAAAGGGAGACGAAAGUUCACACAUGUGAGGGCGGGCUGUUAAACUGAACAGCUCUCAGUCAGGUGGUCUGUGGCUGCACUGGGCUGCGAGGGACUUUUCUUUCUUUGGCCUCCACGUCAGGAGGGAAAUUGCAGUGUGUGAAUAUUGGGUUACGGCUAAACAGUGUUAAAACAUCUUUAUCAGUUCAUGCAGGUUUUUUUGUGUUCACACACUAAAGUCAUAACACUUUAACUCUUAAAGCUAAGUAAAACCAUUUUGGCAAUAUAGCGUAUUGUGACCUGCAAUACUGGAACAGCGUGUCGUGUCUGUUGACGCUUUAGAUGAAGAUGUAGAGGUUGUGAUGUGAAUGUGCGGACCAGGCCUUAGUUUUCAGUUACAACCCGUGCAAUGGUUAUUCACUCUGUCUGAUUGGAUCUCUCUGGAUUGAUGUGGCGGAGUCGCUGUUGGGGGGGGGUCACGUCUCAGGUUUUAAAUCGUAGUCAUUCACGCUGAGCCACCUGUGGACUCUGGCUGUUGAAAGGCUGCACAAUUAUGCCAAACUCUUUGGUGCUUUGCCUGUUAGUGCAGCAUCCAGCAGAGUGGGAAGUGAAGUUCCCUCACACGGGCAGACAGAGUCAUAACAUCCUUUUUUCUUUAAUGUCAUGAAUGUUUUGAAUCGUUUGUCAGUGUUACACAAAGGGAGCACGAUGGCGGUGAGAGUAAAAUUGAGGGCAGGUUGACAAAGACACUUUAGGAUAGAGCCGAGACUGAGGCUGUACAGUGUUUUUUCUGUUUCAUGUUUUUCUUAAGGGGGAGUGGAUGCUCAAAAGUUGCCGAAAUGUACAGUGAAUAUUUGUACUGAUCUCGUAUUUGACGGCCUUUAAUGCACAAGUAUUCCUCGACCUGCUGUGUAGCGAGUAGGCGGGUAGGUAUCAUUUUAGCCCUGCUGAUCAUAUUUAGCCUUACGAGACGACCUUGUUUAGUCUUAAUCUGUUGUUUACAGGAUGUUUAUUGACUGCAUGCAGAACAAUGUUAUACCCAUGUUUGGCCUUAUUUACGUUCUCGUCAUGUUUCUGUUUUUCUAGGCUGACUCGUCUACAAUAUAUGUAGAUGGCCGCAGUAGUGGGAGAGAAGCUGUAGGAGCUUUGUGUAAAUAAUGAAAAGUGUUGGGGCUUGUGCUAUAUUUUAAUGCAGUGCGGGAAACUUUUUUUUUUUCUUUUCCUUUUUUUCUUCGUCUUUCCUGAUCUGCGUUCACUGUUUGAAACCAGUGGAAGAUGAACAUUUUUAUAUAUGUCCCUGUUUUUAUCAGUAAUCCUUUUGAAAGCUCAUGUGUAAAUAUUUUUGUUAAUCUUGUUUUUUCAGUUGCUGUUUUGUUUUUGCAUGUCCAGGCAGUGUCGCCGGAGGAACAUGAACUAAAGAUGUAGAACACAGAGGACUCGUUGACUUGAAAAUGUGAUGGUUUCUUUCCAUAUGGAUCUUUUUACAGGAAUAAAGUAUGUUUAUUUUCACAGAAAA